CCCUGGGCACUGAGUCAAAGCUUGAGGGGAGUGUCCGCUCCCGCACUUCCGAUUCCGCUCGCUGCGGUUUCUGUCGCUGCAGUCGUCCGCGGGUAAGGCCCUCCCUGGACCCUUUAUACCUACUUUACCUUUCGGAGGUCAAGACACCUCUUGUUGCCACCUCCUCGCCCAGCACACAGGCGCCUCCCGCACGGGUACCAAGCUUGACUAACGGCCUCUCGGGGUGUGUGGUGGGACUUGAAAUCCUCCCUUAAUGAAGUCACACCUUUUCCGUCCGCUUCCACCCGGUCGGCCCAUGGCAGAGCCCCCAUGUAGCCCAGGAAUCGGCUAGGCCCUUCGGGGAGGUCAGCGUCCUUACUAUCCCCACUCUCCAGUGCGACACAUUCGCUCCCCUAGGACUCCGGCCGGUUGCCGGCCCCAGGCGGUGCUUCUCCCCACCACCACCCAGCUCAGCUCAACCCAGCCCAGCCCAGCCCACUCUGCCCUUAAAGGCCCUUCUCCCCAAAGACGCACUCCAGAAUCUCGCCCUCGUGCAGCUGAGGAGCCUGGGAUCCCAGACCUGAACCAGUGAAACCCCCGCCCCCGAAGAAUGGGUAAGACGUUUUCCCAGCUGGGCUCUUGGCGGGAGGACGAGAACAAGUCAAUCCUGUCCUCCAAACCAGCCACUGGCAGCAAGGCUGUCAGCUACUCCAGCACCGGUAGCAGCAAGUCUUUUUGUUCCUGUGUGCCUUGUGAAGGAACUGCUGGUGCCAGCUUCGUGACUUGUCCCACCUGCCAGGGCAGUGGCAAGAUUCCCCAAGAGCUGGAGAAGCAGUUGGUGGCUCUCAUCCCCUAUGGGGACCAGAGGCUGAAGCCCAAGCACACGAAGCUCUUUGUGUUCCUGGCCGUGCUCAUCUGCCUGGCGACCUCCUCCUUCAUCGUCUUUUUCCUGUUUCCCCGGUCCGUCAUUGUGCAGCCUACAGGCCUCAACUCCUCCACAGUGGCCUUUGAUGAGGCUGAUAUCUACCUCAACAUAACGAAUAUCUUAAACAUCUCCAAUGGCAACUACUACCCCAUUAUGGUGACACAGCUGACCCUCGAGGUUCUGCACCUGUCCCUCGUGGUGGGGCAGGUUUCCAACAAUCUUCUCCUACACAUUGGCCCUUUGGCCAGUGAACAGAUGUUUUACGCAGUAGCCACCAAGAUCCAGGAUGAAAACACAUACAAAAUCUGUACCUGGCUGGAAAUCAAAGUCCACCAUGUGCUUUUGCACAUCCAGGGCACCCUGACCUGUUCAUACCUGAGCCAUUCAGAACAGCUGGUCUUUCAGAGCUAUGAAUAUGCGGACUGCCGAGGAAACGCAUCGGUGCCCCACCAGCUGACCCCUCACCCACCAUGACCUGUCUGCUGUCCCUGUACUCCAGGCACCUGCAACCCUGGUCUAUAUCUCCCACAACUCCCUGGUGACUAAGGAAGGACUACAGAGGCUUUGCCAAAGGAGAAGCCCUGCUUCAUCACACCCUUACCUCCCACCCCAUCAGCACAGGAAGCUUGCUUUGAAGUUAAUUUCAUACACACACAUCAUAUCCUCCAGUUUCCCCAGAUUCUUUCAGGGGCUGCCAUCAGAUUCUGCCUUUGGUUAGUCUUUUUUUUUUUAUUUUUUGGUAGAGACAGAGUCUCACUGUUGGUCCAGGUUGGUCUUGAACUCCUGGGCUCAAGCAAUCCUCCCUUCUUGGCCUCCCAAAGCACUUGGAUUACAGAUGUGAGCCACUGUGCCUGGCUGGUCUUUCUUGAGGAAAAUCUGACCUGGCAUUUUCUUGAGGCACCUUAGAUUACCUGGAGUGGCACCUGGCCUUUCUGUACUGAGCACCUGGUCAGUCUGAAGGGGCCAUUUCACUCCAGCUCCAUCAGGGCUGGCCGUCCUGUCUGAAUGCGGAGAGAGCUGUAGUUUUAUCUGGCUUUUAAAACAUGGACCUGCCAGCUGGGCGCAGUGGCUUACGCCUGUAAUCCCAGUAAUUUGGGAGGCCGAAGUGGGUGGAUCACUUGAGGGCAGGAGUUCGUGACCAGCCUGGCCAACAUGGUGAAACCUUGUCUCUACUAAAAAUACAAAAAUGAGCCGGGUGUGGUGGCGCACGCCUGUAAUCCCAGCUACUCGAGAGGCUGAGGCAGGAGAAUCACUUGAAACCGGAAGGCAGAGGUUGCGGUGAGCCAAGAUCGUGCCACUGCACUCCAGCCUGGGCAAAAGAGCAAAACUCUGUCUCAAAAAAAAAAAGGACCCUUUUCAAGUUUUCUACCCUCUGAUAAGAAAAUCUGGGGAUAUCCAGUGCCAUCUCCAAGGACUUUCAGGGGAUCAUAGAUGCUUUUCUGUGCCUAUCUGCUUUGACCAUGUGAAAAAGUGAUAGUCUGCUUCUCUCUGGUAACUUGUCUGCCACCCAUCUGAUAGCAAGAUUAGCCAAGGCCCUUUAGCCCUCUGUCCUUUCUGGUUAUUGACUGUCCCUGGUUCCUAGGAAGACAGAGCUGUUCUCCAGCUAAAGCGUCUCCUCUCUAUAAAGCAGUUUUACUAUUCUUUUCAUAGCAGGAGCCAAAAUAGUAGAGGAGGGGAGGGAGGCACCUGGCACUCUGUGGGCCUGCACAGGAAAAACAGAGCCAAAGGCAGAAUCAUUGCAUAAGAUAUUUAUUAAAGGAGAGCCUCUAAGUCUACAUCCUGAGCCCAUGUGAGUGGACACAGGUAGGUCAAACGGUGGGCCCAGCUGCUCUCAUCUGAAAGCCUGCAGGAGAUGAAGCUAUCAGUAUCCAGCUGAGGCUGCUGGGUUCUGUUCCACCACCACCUUAGCACCAGGGCCCACUCUGGUCCCAGAGGCCUCAUCUCUCCUUGGGCUUUGACAGUGUGGAGCAGCACAUCAGCAGGGACUGGUCUAGACCCUCCCUUUCCUGUCACUCAGCUGGGGCUAAGCCCCGGAUAACCCCUAGGUUCCCACUGGCUCCUAGUAGAAAUGGUUUCUGUACUUUAGCAGAACAGGAAGGAUAUUUGUUCAUUAAAGGUGGCUUGGUCUUACAGCUGGGUGCAGUGGUAUAUACCUGUAGUCCCAGCUACUCAGGAAGCUGAGGUGGGAGGAUCUCUGGAGCCCAGAAGUUUAACUUUAACAUGAGCAGCAACAUUAGCAAGACCUCGUUUAAAAAAAAAAAAGCCGGGCAUAGUGGCGCACACCUGUAAUCCCAGCUACUUAGGAGGCUGAGGCAGGAGAAUCACUUGAACCCGGGAGGCGGAGGUUGCAGUGAGCCAAGAUUGUGCCACUGGACUCCAGCCUGGGCAACAAGAGCGAGACUCUGUCUCAAAAAAAAAAAAAAAGAUGGCUGUCUCUUUAUCAUUCAGACAGAAAGAUGAACAUAGGUGAGCGGGGAAAGCUAAAUUUGAAGUAGGAUGCAUGGAGAGGGAGAAGUGGUGACAGAACUUGGUAACUAGCUGGCUGGGGGAACGAGGGGAAGGAAGGAGACUGCUGUCUCCAAGCUGAGGUCAGGGUGGUGUUGGCAAGAGCGCAAAAGUCCAAGGAAGCCAGGCUGGAGCUGCUAUGUAUAGACUGCCAAAUGUGAAGUAUUUAUAUUGUAUUCAAUAAACUAUACUUAAGAGUGCUCAAAAAA